ACCUAGGUGGACCCCACCCGGCUAGUGCGGGACGAUGGCAACCCUGGCGCGCGUCCUGCAGUCCUGCGCCCUGGCGGUCGCCCUGGCGGUCGCCCUGGGGGCACCCCAAGCCCUGAAAGCUGCCACCGACAGCGAGGUGUCCACGUACGGCGCGGCGGUGGAAGUGGCCGCCAAGGAGGCGCAGCGGCGGGGCGUCCACCGUGCGGCCGCGCUCGUGUGUUGGGGGAGCGCAGCCGAGCGGCGCCUCGUCCUUGCGCUCUCCGCCGUCGGAGUGGCAGUCUCCCUCCUCCGAGGCCGCGAUCAAACGACGGCCGCCGCGGUCGACAGCCUGCUGCGCGAGGGUAGCGGACGUACCGCCAUCAUCGUGGACAUGGCCUGCCCCGCGGCCCCAAGGCUGCUCCUAUUGGCCUCCAAGCUCAGACUCUUUGAUCUGGCCAACUCCUGGUUUCUCUUCGAGAACGGUCGGCUGGACCCAUACGCGAGUGAGGACUCAACCGUCAAUCGCACCCUGUCGUGGGACCCCGGCGUUGACGACUUCCCCGACGUGGAGCUGGUGACGGCUGGCCGGUACGGUGCGCAGCGCCGCGAGGAGGCUCUGCUUCCCGACGAGGAGGUCCUCCUGGAGGUGUUGCCGCCCUCGCGAAGGGCCUCGGAUCGCCCAUGGAUCUCCUCGCAGGUCAGUAUGGUAAACCACGUCGUAGAGACGUAAGAGACGUCCCCGUUUAAGGGCACAAAUCCGGCGGCCCGAGUCAGCGUAAUUUGACCAGACUAUUGACCACCC